UUCCCAGAACAGCACGUCGAAAACGUUGUGUCGAGAAAGCGAUCGCCGUUGCUGCGAUCGAUCUCUUCCCCGUUUCUGCUUUCUUCUUCUUUUCCGAUUCUUCCUCUCCGAUGCGUCUCGUCUAUGGAACAUUCUUUCUUUCUUUUCUGCUUCUCAUCCUGCGCAUGCCUGCAGGCGAAGCCCUCCGAUCUGUCGGUGACGGCACCGAUCUCCGCACCGACCUUCCCGACGCCACCGUGGAGCUCAACAGCUCCAAUUUCGAUAGCGUUCUCAAGGAAUCGCCGGCGAGUUUCGCCAUCGCCGAGUUCUUCGCUCACUGAUAAUGGUGCCAUGAGCAAUGUGCGUGCCCUUAUCAGACAGCCCACAUGAAUAUGGAAGAGCGUGCACGUAUGUGUCUACUAUGUACAGGCACAUAUACAUGUGUCCUGCUUGCAGAAACUAUAAGCCUCACUAUGAAAAGGUUGCAAGGCUUUUCAAUGGGCCAGAUGCAGUGCAUCCUGGGAUUAUACUCAUGACACGGGUUGAUUGUGCAAUGAAGAUAAAUGCAAAUCUUUGUGAUAGAUUUUCAGUUGGUUACUAUCCCAUGUUAUUGUGGGGUCCUUCAGUUAAAUUUGUGGCUGGUAAAUGGGACCCUAAGCAAGAGAAAAGUGAGAUACAAUCAAUUGAUGAUGGACGGACUGCAGAUCGACUACUCAAUUGGAUAAACAAAAAAAUGGGCAGUUCAUUUAGCUUUGAUGAUGAAAGAUAUGAAAAUGAAAACACACUUCCAACAAAUGUCUCUGAUCCUGAACAGAUUGCACGAGCAAUUUAUGAUGUUGAGGAAGCAACAGCCUUAGCUUUCGAGAUAAUCAUACAACACAAAAUGAUCAAGUCAAGUACUCAAGCACCACUGAUAAAAUUUUUUCAGAUUUUGGCAACACAUCAUCCUUCAAAAAGGUGUCGGAGAGGAAUUGCUGAGAUACUUCUCAACUUCGAUGACCUGUGGCCUUCCGGUCCACUCUCAAUCAGUUCAGAAGAGGCUCCCAUAUUACAGGAACAGGACGUACUUAAAUCCUAUUCAAUCUGUGGCAAGGAGGUUCCUCGUCAUUAUUGGCUUAAUUUUGAACUGCACUUGGUGAAUCAUAAUAAACCAGAGAAGAAAUUAACUAUAUUUUGCCGUGGGAGCAAAAACGAUACGAGAGGCUUCAGGUGCUUGCAACUUGUAUCCAUUUUGAUUGCUGUACUAUGCUGUGGCCUAUGGGUUCUGUUCCACUCCCUGUCUGUCAGGGUUGGAGAUGGAGAGAGCCAAUCGGUUUUCACAGCAAUAUGUGAUUUUAUCCAGAACUUUUUUGUCUGCGACGACUGCCGUAGGCAUUUUCAUGAGAUGUCUUCAAGUGUCUCAGUACCAUUUAACAGAACUCGCGACCUGAGCAUGUGGCUAUGGAGGGCACAUAAUAAAGUCAACGAGAGACUCAACAAAGAGGAAAAGGCAUUAGGCACAGGUGAUCCACGAUUUCCGAAGAUCAUAUGGCCCCCGAAGCAGCUCUGUCGGCCGUGUUAUGUAUCUUCAAGCAGGAAAAGACGCAGCAACAUGAAAAUAUAUUGGAAUGAGGAUGAGGUGUACAAAUUUCUGGUCAGAUAUUACGGGAGGACCCUUGCAUCUUCUCACAACGAUGCAACUUUGAGUGGCAAGUACGAUGAAUCCUACGACAUCACCACCUCAACUAAUGCAGUUGCGGUACCCGUUGGGGCUGCAUUGGCCAUCGCGGUUGCUAGCUGUACAUUUGGAGCAUUAGCUUGCUUUUGGAGAGCCCAGCAGAAGAAUAGGAAGUACACACACCAACUUCAUUCUUUCAAGGAUAUAUGAUUAGUAGGAUGCUAAACAUUCUGUGUUAUGUUCUAAUUAACAACAAUUUUUUUUUAUUAUUUUGCCCGAAAAGCGGACCAUUUUACUGACAUUCAUGAUAUUUCUGGAAAAGAGAAAUUUGGAAGUGAGAUGCAUCCCAAAGUAUCAGCCUUCUGCAGCUGUUAAAUAAAAGUCAGAAAUAUACACAGUCAAAGGGAUUAUCAUUCGGA